AUGUCUAUGUCUUCUGUGAUUUUGCCGACCCAAUUCGUUGCUCACUCUUCAAAUCCAAAUCUCCCCUUCACAUCCAAUUUCAUCCAUGUAUCCAAUGCAGCUGCACCAAUCCCAAGCGUCUCGGCAGUCCUGACGUCCUCGGAGAAUACAUUUCCGUCGUCCACGGUCUCAGCCCAUAUCACGGUCAAAAACAUUGGCGAUGCGACUGGAUACUUGCCGUACCUGGAGAUCAUGACGACCCGCGGCCCAGACGACACGUCGUACCCUGCAUUGCCGCUGGCGUACGCCUACUACGACACUGACUCGGAGUCGAUUCCGCUGACCUUCUUCUACAACACGUUCGACGACACCACGCACUGCACGACCAGUCCCAAGAACAGGCUGAGCUCGGGCGACUACGCCUCCAUCUGCACGCCCGACCCCGCAUCGACUGAGUUCUAUGGCUACGAACUCAUAACAAUCGCGCUGCCAUUCGUGUCCCUCGGCCCAAACUCGCAGGACGUGGUCGUGUCGGUGGGCUUCUCGGCGCUGGGAUCACCCGAGCUGCACACUGGCCAGACAUUGACAGUGUACUCGCGCGCCAGUUUUGCGAAUGGAGCCACGCCAGAUCCCUCCGACUUCAGUACUGAUCCGAGCAUUCUUUCGUCCUCGAGCACGGCUGCAGUAACCUGGCCGACCACCCUCUCGGUUACCUUUACUCGGUUUGCCCUCAGCCUGCAAACCUCACGAGAAGAUGCGCCAUCUGGCCCGUCCUUUCCCAUCGAGGUGACUUUGAUCAUCGAUGGUGCGCCAGGCCUCACCAUCACCGAGGCAGACGUGACCUUCCCAAUGUCUACUUUAACGCAAUACAUUGCGGUUACCGCGUUGUCGCCAGCAGACGCCAACCCAGUCAUUGUGCAGGAGCCUUCCAGCACAACCUCCGCUUUAGAGAACGCCUUUCUCCAAGCUACAUAUACGUCGACGUUGGUUGCCACAUCUUCAUCGUAUGAUUAUGUCGCGCAAUACCAGUUUUUCGUUCCACAGUUGGAUGCUUUCGGCAGUCCAGUCAUCAGCGCGACCACGGGCCAAGCACGCAGCUUCCAGGUGAAUGCGACAGUCGCGUUGACGUACGAUGCUGUCACAAUCGUGGGGGGAAAUCCCGUCCUUGCUUCGGAAACAACCACGCAAACCAUCUCUGUGACAUUCACCACCAAGUCGUAUUGGUCGGCCGUGUCCAUCUCGCCAGGUAUUCUGUUGCCUAAGGGUGCGUGCACUAUUGCCCAAUCCUUCCAGAUUUCAGACUACUUUUCGCUCGGCAGCCUGUUCUCCACCCUGACCAUCCCAGACGGCGUCCUUGCCAACACUUCCACCACUGCCACUGUGUCACUUGGUGGAAGCAGCUCAAGCACCAUUUCAUUUGGCGUGCACUACACGAUCGACACUAGCCGAGUUGGCAACGACGCCCUGCCAGCGACUGAUGGUGCCACAGUCUUGAGUCUCAAUCUGACGUGGGCGGUCAGUGCGCUUGGCCUUUCUGCUUCCACGCUGGUUCCGGCGCCGACUUCCGCCCAGGGCAUUCUAGUCGGACCUGUGACUGACGGUCUUUUCAGCCUUCCCUGCCGAGUGCAAGACUUGUACACGGACCGGUUUACACCCACGCAAGCGAUUACGAUGGGCGAUCCGCUCUUUGUGGAUCUGUCGGCCUCUUCAGCGGUCAAGGAUGCAUCCGCUCCGUUGACGGCAUCCACUGGUACGGUGAUUGAGUUGAGCAGUACCAGCGCAGCAAUUGCAAGGGCCCAACUAUUCACGAGUAUCUAUGCGGUCAAUGGCUCGCGCAUCUGCGUGGCCACCAAUGGAUGCGAUGCCACCUCACUUCCUUUGGCUCCCGAACAGCUUGUGAGCGCUGGUGCCAAUGUGACGCUGUUGAUUUCCGUUUCCUUCCCGUCUGCCGACUUCUGGGCUUCCUCGGUCAUCCUUUAUCUAAGCAAUCCGGUUUUUAUCGGGAUCGGUGUCGACCCCGUCCCGGCGUCAUUCUCGCCAGUGAUCUCUGCAGACACACCUCCAGUCAACAUGUUCAAAUUCGCCGCGGACGAAACGCUGUAUCCCGUCACUGGAGCUGUUCCAAACAUCACGGACGCGAGCUGGAACACAAUCACAAUUGGCUUUGGCAGCUUUUCAGAUGUCCAAAAUCGCCCACUCAAGUCAAGCAUUCUUCUGACCUUGACUGUGCUUCCGGUGCCAGUUUUCGACUUGAUGGAACUGACCCAACUUGCGCAAUACCAAGACGGCGCUAUCUCAGCUACUUCUCUGUUAGAAAGCUCCGCCAUUCAAGCAAAACAACCCGAAAUUUCAACCAUCUACUCUGCUGUGGUUGCUGCAUCGUCGGGGGCGGCGGCGAUUUACUCAAAUCCCACCGCGCUGGCUUCCAGUGGAAUUACGUUUGCCCAACCGGGCCAAUCCAACACGGCGGCCUUGCCUUGCAAUCGCUUCAGCUUUUCGGGAGGAGACACGUACGUCACUGACGCCAUGGUGACUGCGCUUGACCAGUUGAGCAUUCUUGGUGGUGUUGGCGGUGGCGAUGUCAUCACCGUGGUCAUGUUUGUGGUCAACUCGGGCAGCGGACGUGCCUACAACGUUUCGUUGCAGGGCAAUAUCGCUACAACGAGUGGUACGUUUACUUAUCUACCAAAUUCGCUGUGCAUCUCGGAUGGUCGUGGCUCGGCUCUCCAGUUUUUGACAGCGCCUUCGGCCGACGGGUCAACGCUCUUUGGCGGAACUACCUCCGUGUUGCUCGACAACCUUCCCGGCUUGCCAGCAUAUGACAAUGGCCUGCUAGGUAGCAACAUUGCCGUCAUCACGUACGACCUUGCCAUUUCGCCCACAGCCGUCUCCGGCACUACCAGCAGCGCGGGGCUGUCCGUUUGCCAGUACCUAUCUGCUACUCUCCCGAGCGCAGAGAAUUAUCUCGAAACCUGCGUGGCCAGCGAUGCGGUCGUGACGUCGGAAACGCCAAUGCUUAUAGCCUUUAACGCCUCGUCUCCGCUCAUCACCUCUGCCUCUGGCGCGUCUGGGUUUGUUGCCAACGCUGCGAGCCCCAUCGUGGCGGUUGGAGAUCAGGUCACGUUCAACCUGACUGCAAGUGUGCCGAGCGGCUCGAUCGGCAGUGUCAAGCUGGCCAUCGCUGCUGGAAUGCCUUCAGUGAGCGCACCGGGCGUGUUUGCCAUCUAUUCGGCCAAGGUUGUGGCGAUCGGAAGUGCCAUUUCCGUGUCAACGCUGGCGGUUGGAGCCGACGGUGUCAUGCAAGAUACCGACGGCAACACGUUCAACGAUACUGCCGUGUUUGACUUUGGCGCGCUGAGCACCUUGGCAUUCCAGCCAUUGGAGGAUCGCGAGAUUAUUGUGCAAGUGCAGGCCAGCGUUCCAUCUGCGGCUACCGUGGGCAAUGUUGCGGGUAGCACGAUCGCGUCGCAGGGCAGAGUGAUCUUUGGCCCCGAUAGCUCGUCAUUAGUCACCGUAAGCUCGACCCCGCUGACUCAUACCGUGGCGGAGCCGAACUUGCAAGUGACGGCAAUAAUUAGCCCAGCGACUGUGCACGCGAGUGAUGACCUUACCUUCACCGCGCUUGUUGCGCACACGAGCACAUCCACCACCUCGGCCUUCCUCCUUGAACUUGCGAACCUUGUGCCAGCUGGAGCUAGUCUCACGCUCGACCCCGAUUCCAUCAUCGUGACCACUCCAGCGUCAGUAUCGGUUCCGGCGACAGUUUCGCGAGCUGCCGACAACUCAACAUUCUCAGUCAUGUUGUCCGAGUUGCCCCUGUACGAGGCGGUCGGUUCGUCGACCAAGUCCAUCAUGAACGUGACGUUCAGUGCCAGGCUGUCGAACCUUGCCACGCCAGGUUCGGCGGUCAACUGGGCCCCUGCCGUGAACUACAGCAGCUCACCUCUGAACUACAGUUCCCCGUCGAUCUUAGCUGGUCGGAACUACUCUGCUGGAGGUGUGGAAUCUGUCACCAUCGCAGCACUGGACCCUUCAGUCGCGGCCACCAGAGCUGCCUCGACUGCGUCCGUUGCAUCGGCGGCCUCGGCUGCUUCAACCAUUUCAGCAUCUGAAGCCUCAGCCGCGUCAGUGGCGUCGACUCAAUCUGCCUCUGCUGCAUCGGUUGCUUCGGAUGCCUCGGUUGCUUCGACCAUUUCAGCAUCUGAAGCCUCAGCCGCGUCGGUGGCGUCGACUCAAUCUGCCUCUGCUGCAUCGGUUGCUUCGGAUGCCUCGGUUGCUUCGACCAUUUCAGCAUCUGAAGCCUCAGCCGCGUCGGUGGCGUCGACUCAAUCUGCCUCUGCUGCAUCGGUUGCUUCGGAUGCCUCGGUUGCUUCGACCAUUUCAGCAUCUGAAGCCUCAGCCGCGUCAGUCGCGUCGACUCAAUCUGCCUCUGCUGCAUCGGUUGCUUCGGAUGCCUCGGUUGCUUCGACCAUUUCAGCAUCUGAAGCCUCAGCCGCGUCGGUGGCGUCGACUCAAUCUGCCUCUGCUGCAUCGGUUGCUUCGGAUGCCUCGGUUGCUUCGACCAUUUCAGCAUCUGAAGCCUCAGCCGCGUCGGUGGCGUCGACUCAAUCUGCCUCUGCUGCAUCGGUUGCUUCGGAUGCCUCGGUUGCUUCGACCAUUUCAGCAUCUGAAGCCUCAGCCGCGUCAGUCGCGUCGACUCAAUCUGCCUCUGCUGCAUCGGUUGCUUCGGAUGCCUCGGUUGCUUCGACCAUUUCAGCAUCUGAAGCCUCAGCCGCGUCAGUCGCGUCGACUCAAUCUGCCUCUGCUGCAUCGGUUGCUUCGGAUGCCUCGGUUGCUUCGACCAUUUCCAGCAUCUGA